AAAUAUAUAUAUAUACAUAUAUGCAUGUGUGAUUCAUGGUUGCAGGAGAUUGCAGGUACGGUACCGCAUGGGUGCGAGGUUCAACUCCAUCUGGGUUCACAGGUUGGGCUCUCCUUCAAUCUUGUCAGGAUUGUUGAACCAGUUAUUCAGAGUACAUCGGUAGUGAAAUUUGAGGAUGACAAUGUUGGAGAAGUUGUUUCUACUGUAGGAUUGAAAGCGGAGAUCUCUGUGGCUAAACAAGUUCUCAAUCAUUUAGGGAAGAGCUCAGGAAAGUUUCAGAUAGGGACUUCAGGUUAUAUUUAUAAACACUGGAAAGGUGUAGUCUAUCCAGAACAAGUGCCACAAAAGAAAUGGUUUGAAUAUUAUACUCACAUAUUUGACACCGCGGAGAUAAACAAUACAUUUUAUCGUCUACCUUCCCAUGAAGUAUUUGAAACUUGGCGUGAUCAGGCUCCAGCAGGCUUCUGCUAUGCAUUGAAGUUCAGCAGAUUUGGGACUCACCUAAAGCGUUUGAAGGAUCCGUAUCAACCAAUCUCUCUUUUCAUUGAUCAUGCUGCCAGAUUAGGGAAGGAUCUUAUUGGACCAAUCCUUGUGCAGCUUCCUCCUAAGUUUGAUGUGAAUGUGGAGCGUCUUAGAGAUUUCUUGAAAUAUGCUCCCAGAGAGUAUCGUUGGGCAAUCGAGUUCAGGGACACAAGUUGGUUCUGUGAUGAUGUAUAUGAUCUCCUUCGGGCCCAUAAUGCUUCACUUUGUAUACAUGAUCACGAAGAUAUCAAAUGUGUACAUCCACAGGUCCUGACUGCUGACUGGAUUUAUCUUCGUUUUCAUGGAAAAAAUUACAAGCAUCGGUACAAUAUGAAGCAACUUCAGAAACACGCUAGUUGGAUUCAGAAGCAGCUUGUAGCAGGUGUUGAUGUAUUUGCAUAUUUCAACAAUGACCAUUGUGGUUAUGCAGUUUCAAAUGCAAUCAAGCUACGAGAACUUGUUAUGGGGAAAAAGUAAUGUCACUGUAACUUUUGUAAAUUGUAUAAGUGUAAGAAGUCAUGUGACUUGAAUUAAAAGGAGAAUGCAGUCACCCAUAGGAUGCAUUAGAAGCAUUGGAUCUAUUCUACCAAAGCCUAGUAGAACCCAGGUUUGUUAUAGGAUUACAAUAUUUAAGGACCAUGGCAGAGAUCAUCUACUUUUGUAAAAGAUGCUUCUUUUAACAAGAAGUACAUGUGAAUUUUUAUUUUGGUCUCCCUUCUCUCACUUCUCUACACUGUAAUCAUCUACUUUUGUAAAAGAUGCUUCUUUUAACAAGAAGUACAUGUGAAUUUUUAUUUUGGUC